CUCAACUAGAAGAGUUACAUGUCGCAUAAAAACAGCUAAAGUGAAUGGGAUGAACCACGUCAAAGUAACGUAAAAGGCCUCAAGAUCCAACGCUAAGCAUCAUGUAACCGUGUGAAUAUGAUCAUUGGUUUUACCUCAAAAUGUAGCAUCACUGGAAUUUAUCAAGGCUCUUCAGACGAUCCCCACCAGUUUAUUAGUAUAAGACGUCUUACAGUGUGUAUGAGUGGUCGCUGGUUUUGACUUCGCGAUGAGCGUCACUGUCUAAUCAAAGCUUACUUGUUCCUAUUAAAGAUUAUUAAUACAAAACUAUCAAUGGAGACUUGGCUUUUCACAACUGGAAUUGCGUCGGAGAUGAUGUCAAACGACGUUCACGUCCAACAAGUCCAACAACACACGGGAGAAGCCAAUGGAAUAUAGCGUUAAAGAACUCAACUAUUUCAGACUGUGUAAAAUUGUCACUAGUGUUAUCCCAGAAGGUCUGAGAGAGAUUUUUAAGCAACAAUGGGAUACUCACUACACAAGCACACACGGAGAAUGGAAGGACACGCCGGCCAAUUUUGCGUCCUUUCAAAGCAUGGAGUCUCCAAGGAAUCGCACAAAGAACAAGCGACUUCUGGGAAAUAUGAACAAUGGUGACCGAACAAACUGGGACAGUACUUGUUUAUCGUAUGCCAUUCUAUUCUCGGACAGCAUUGGACCAAGAUUACACCCUAAUGUCAAGAAAAGUGUCGAUAUCUUACGUGAGAGUCGGAAUGAGGUUGCCCACAACGCUAAUGGAAGAUUGGCUGAUGUAGAUUUCCAAGCAUCAGUUCGGAAAAUUCUGACGGCAUUCAUAAAGUUAAAGCUUGAUACGACCGAGUUGCUGGAACUGAAAAACCAAACAAGCUUUCCAACAAAUGAAUUUAAUGCCAUCAAGAAAGAGUUGGACGACGAAAAGAAACGAAAUGCAGAACCAAUUCCUUUUUGUGUCUUACCACCAAAAUCCUUCCAUGACCAGAUCACAAGAGAGCACGAAGUCCAAGAUAUUUCCAAGAAGAUGAAAGAACUGUCCAAUCGAAAGAUGGGAGAAACAACGACAGUUUAUCUCUCAGGUAAUCCAGGAUGCGGUAAGAGUGUGCUUGCAGGGCAGAUUGGAGAUCAAUACUUUGAUUCUGACGAUACUAAACAACCAGCUUUCGUCAUGACCAUCAAUGCGACGAACAUGGACACAUUGCUCCAGUCCUAUGUCGACUUUGCAGCGAGGUUAAACUGUUAUCCAGAUUCGAUAAUCAAAAUUACGACGUCGAAAGUUCUUUCCCAAGGAAAGCAGAUACUACAAAUUAAAGCUCUUGCCGCCAAACAGGUAGACAAGUAUGCCUCCUGGUUAAUGAUCGUAGACAAUGUAACGAAUCUUACAAUAUACUCUAUAUACUGCCCAAAAUAUGGCGAAAAGACGAGUGGAGUCGGUCAGAUCCUUGUCACUACCCAAGAUGAACAUUGUAUUCAAGAUAAUAUCCACACCCACCACGUUUCUCUAAAAAGAGGAAUGAGCGAAGGAGAUGCCAUUAAAGUUCUUUCUAACAUAUCAGCCAUAAGGGAAGAUGACGAAAGGAUGCUCGAAGUCGCUAAGAGUUUGGAUCUUCAGCCACUGGCACUGGCUUGCGCCGGAGUUUAUAUGAAGAAAGCCACGUCCACUACAUGGAAACAGUUCCUUGAGGAAUUAGAUCAAGGAAAACGUGAAGCCACUGAAAAAAUGUUUCAAGAAAGCAGUCUAAACAAUCCGAUGUCGAUGACCCUGGUGGUAGAAAUGGCAUUGGAACGAGAAACUAGUGGAAGUAAGGUCCUGUUUCAUGCGUUUGAAUUCCUGUCUGUCUUAGCUAACGAUCCUAUCCCGAUUAAAAAUGUGGUGGAGUACGUGAUGAAAUGCUUGCCUCAAGAAGAUGAAGAAGUGAUGGCGUCAACUAUUACCUCAUCUUCUUUGGUGAUGACUUCUGAUGAUGGAGGCGAACUCCUCACGCAUCAAGUUGUGUAUCGUCGUCUUCAGGACCAUGAUCAAGUGAAAGGCAAGAACGCCGAUAUGUUUAGUGUGACAGCAACUUUUUCAAAUCUGCUGCAAAUCUUUGAUAAAAACGCUAUCAAAGAUAUUGUAAAAUCAAGAGGCUUUCUUAAUCAUUUCGAACGCCUUUCAAUAUUUCUACCAUCGUAUAUCGUACAAGAGCAAUCCAAGUGUCAAUCGUAUCUAAACGAACAUGGAGAAACUUUUAUAAAUGACCUUAACACCAUUGGUAGCAUUUGUAUUAUUCAUGGCAAGUUUAAAAUUGCGAAAGUGUUUUUCCAAUUAUCCUUGUCAAUACAACUUCCAUUUUUUAUAAAGGAAAUGGAGAACUUAUUUGUGGGAUCAGAAAUCGUGAAUUUUAAUCUUGUUAGGAAAAGACUUGACUUGAUUUUGAAGAAUGCAAGGUCUGUCUUCAAAGACAAAAAGGAUUCCUGUGAUUUCCCAGACUUGACGGUGCUCAGUUGUUAUCAAGAAUCUCGCGACGAAAUUGGAAAAAGAAACAUAGCUGAAACGCUAUCCAGCAUUGGUAUAGCUCUCUCCAACUUAGGGGAAUUCUCUGAAGCAAGAGAAUGCCACAAAGUUGCACUUGAAAUUUGUGAAUUGGAAUACGUCUUUAGUUAUUUAUGGCUUAAGUUAAAAGCUGCGAUUUUAGACAAUCUUGUAGAAUUAU